GUUCCUGUUCUUCAAACAAACAAUGGUCCCGGUCUGACAGGACUGAUGACCAUAGCUGCCCACCUAGUGAAACAGGCUAAGAAAGACCAGCUGCUUGGAAGUUCUGCAGAAGAGAAAGCUGUUGUUCAGCAGUGGUUGGAAUAUAGAGUGACUCGAGUAGAUGGAGGUGCUAAUAAAGAUGAUACUAGAAUAAUUCUGAAGGAAGGAAUUGAGAGCCUUUGUGAAACAGUUGUGCCAUCAAAUGUCUACUUAGAUGUUAAUGAAUUCCAUUCAGGAGAUCUGAAUGUGUCUGCUUUGUCAAUUUUAG